AUGGGCUACUUGUCACUAGGAAUGCUGCUGCUGGCUGUGGUAUGCUCCCUGUCUGCUGUGAUUGACAGGCACAAAGUCACUAAAGCCACGAAAUAUCUGGAGAAGUUUGGCUACCUGCAGCCAUCACUGGGCCAGGGAAGAAAAGACUAUCAGGAGGAGGAUACAGCAGCUGCUCUCAGGGUCUUCCAGAAGGUGACCGGCCUACCUGUGACUGGAAAGAUUGACAAGGCCACCUUGGCAACAAUGAAACUGCCUCGUUGUGGCAUAGAGGACUCUUUCAACCAGAAAUCCCUCAAAUAUCGAGUGAUGGGUUACUGGCACAAGAAGAAUCUAUCCUACCGCAUCUAUAACUACACCCCUGACAUGAGUCGAGCCAAAACCCGCUCGGCUAUCCGUACUGCCUUCAAGUACUGGAGCGAUACUUCCCCCCUGAGCUUCCGGGAGGUUUUUGGAGGGCAGGCGGACAUCAAAAUCUCUUUCCAUGAGAAAGAUGGGUCUUGUCCUGACCCGUUUGAUGGGCCAGGUCAAAUUCUGGCCCAUGCGGAUGCCCCUGAGUCAGGCAUAGUGCAUUUUGACGGAGCUGAGUACUGGACUGAAGGAAAGCACUAUGGGACAAACCUGCGCAUCGUUGCAGCUCAUGAGAUUGGCCAUGCCCUGGGACUGGGCCACUCUCAGUACAGCACCGCUCUCAUGGGGCCAGUCUACAGCGGUUACCGUGCCGAUUUCCACCUGCAUCGAGAUGACCUUCAAGGGAUACAGGCUCUGUAUGGCAAGCCAGAGGCCAGAGCUCCCAACUCUGUACACCCAGCAAAAGCCCCCUGGACUGAGAAGAUUGACCCCUGUAGUGCCAUAUUGGAUGCCGUCAUGUCCGGUCCUUUCAGGAAGACAUUUUCCUUCAGCGGCCAGUAUGUAUGGAUGGUGUCUGACAAGGGCAACAACAUACCAAUCAGGAUCAGUCAGUUGUGGAAGGGCCUGCCAGGGGAUCUGGAUGCUGCUGUGCACUCCCCGAGAACUGACAAGACCUACUUUCUAAAAGGGGACCAAUUGUGGAGGUAUACAGGUUUCCGUCUGGACCCUAGCUACCCUAAAUCAACCCUCAUCCCCCCCAACAUUGAUGCAGCUCUCUACUUUGAGCUCAACAAAAAACUCCUCUUCUUUAAGGGUUGUAGUUACUGGCAGUUGGAUGAGCUGGCAUACGCCACUUUCGACACUCGACCUAAACCCACUGGCGAGCUCUUCCCUGGAGUGCCCUCCAAUCUGGAUGCUGCCCUCAGCUGGACUGACAGCAACAUCUAUUUCUUCAAGGGAGACCAGUACUGGCGCAUAAACAAGCAGCUGAAAGUGGAGUCUGGGUACCCACUGAGUAUUAAGGAGCACUGGAUGCAGUGUGACGAGUAG